ACACCAUUUAGGCGCCAAAAUCCCUCUCCAUUUUCCCGCAAUUUACACUGCACAUUUCUUCAUAGUGCCUCUGUGUUCAGUUCACCUCCCAAAUUUCCGAUUUCAGAACUGCUGAAACCCUAAGGCACAAUGGAUGUCAAUUUCAGUCAAGACAAAGAUCUGGCGACCGAUUUUCUUCAAAACUUUGUUGAUGGGAACGGCGAAGCUAAAUAUAUGAACAUCCUUCAAGAUGUCGCUAACCGUAAAAUCAAAGCGAUUCAAAUCGAUAUUGAAGACCUAUUCGAUUAUAAGGAUUUGGAUGAGGAGUUUGUGGGACGAGUGACCGAGAAUACUCGGAGAUAUGUUGACAUUUUUGCUGAUGCGAUUGAUGAGUUGAUUCCUGAGCCAACAGAGGCUCUACAGGAUGAUGAUCAUGACAUAUUGAUGACACAAAGAGCUGAGGAAGGCAAUGAGAAUGCUGAUGGCACUGAUCCGAGGCAGAGGAUGCCGCCGGAGAUUAAGCGAUUUUAUGAAGUGUACAUUCGAGCUUCUGCAAAGGGCCAGCCCUUUACUAUAAGGGAGGUUAGGGCUUCAAAUAUUGGCCAGCUUGUUAAGAUAUCUGGUAUUGUGACUCGCUGUUCGGAUGUAAAACCGUUGAUGAAGGUUGCUGUUUACACAUGUGAAGAGUGUGGUUUUGAAAUAUAUCAGGAAGUAACUGCUCGAGUGUUCAUGCCACUGUUUGAAUGUCCAUCAAAGCGUUGUAAUGUUAACCGAGCAAAAGGAAAUCUUAUUCUCCAACUCAGAGCUUCAAAGUUUUUGAAGUUUCAGGAGGCAAAACUUCAAGAACUGUCUGAACAUGUUCCGAAAGGUCACAUUCCUCGUACAAUGACUGUUCAUUUCCGAGGCGAGCUUACAAGAAAGGUAUCCCCAGGUGAUGUUGUUGAGCUAUCUGGAAUAUUUCUUCCUAUACCUUAUACUGGAUUUAGAGCAAUGCGAGCGGGUUUAGUAGCAGAUACAUAUUUGGAGGCCAUGUCAAUAUCUCAUUUCAAGAAAAAAUAUGAAGAGUACGAACUCAAAGGAGAUGAAGAAGAACAAAUUGCGCGCCUAUCUGAAGAUGGUGAUAUAUACAACAAGCUGGCCCGCUCAUUGGCCCCUGAGAUUUUUGGACAUGAAGAUAUCAAAAAAGCUCUUUUACUCCUCUUAGUGGGUGCUCCUCACCGGAAACUAAAGGAUGGGAUGAAGAUAAGAGGUGAUUUACACAUAUGUUUGAUGGGUGAUCCCGGAGUUGCAAAAAGUCAACUUUUAAAGCACAUAAUUAAUGUUGCACCAAGGGGUGUGUAUACAACUGGCAAAGGAAGCAGUGGAGUUGGUCUUACAGCAGCUGUUCAGAAGGAUCCAGUGACAAAUGAGAUGGUUUUAGAAGGGGGCGCACUGGUAUUGGCAGACAUGGGUAUUUGUGCAAUUGAUGAGUUUGAUAAGAUGGAUGAGUCUGAUCGAACAGCUAUACAUGAAGUCAUGGAACAGCAGACAGUCAGCAUUGCCAAGGCUGGAAUCACAACUUCUUUGAAUGCAAGAACCGCAGUUCUUGCUGCCGCAAAUCCAGCCUGGGGAAGAUAUGAUCUACGUAGAACUCCAGCUGAAAACAUCAACCUCCCUCCAGCACUUCUAUCAAGAUUCGAUCUUUUGUGGUUGAUCCUUGACAAAGCUGACAUGGAUAAUGAUCUUGAAAUGGCUAGACAUGUUGUUUACGUUCACCAAAAACGAGAAUCUCCAGCCCUCGGGUUUGCUCCUCUCGAAGCUUCUGUUCUUAGGGCAUAUAUUUCAGCCGCCAGAAAGUUAUCUCCAUCUGUUCCGAGAGAACUGGAGGAGUAUAUAGCUACUGCAUACUCGAGCAUCAGGCAAGAAGAAGCGAAAUCAAGCAGCCCACACUCAUACACCACUGUCAGAACUCUUCUCAGUAUUCUAAGGAUAUCGGCUGCGCUUGCGAGGCUGAGAUUCUCAGAAACCGUUGCUCAGAGUGAUGUGGACGAAGCACUUCGGCUGAUGCAAAUGUCAAAGUUUUCAUUGUACUCUGAUGAAAGGCAGCGGUCUGGUCUUGAUGCGAUCUCGGAUAUUUAUUCGAUUUUACGUGAUGAGGCAGCAAGGGCCAACAAGAUGGAUGUAAGCUAUGCACAAGCUCUAAACAGGAUUUCAAGAAUGGGGUACACUGAAGCUCAGCUGAAAGAAUGUUUAGAGGAAUAUGCAGCGUUGAACGUGUGGCAGAUUCAUCCAAACACCUUUGAUAUUCGAUUUAUCGAUGCUUGAAUUGUACUAGUCAAGUUUUAAGACUGCCAAUGAAUGAAGUAUGAGGAACCUGUUGAGACUUUUUGUGUUUAUUUAUUAAGUAGGAUAAGGUCUUAAUGGUAUUGUUUAAACCUACUUUAGUUA